AUGGAAGGAAUCUGUACCGUUCAGAGUGGGGAGAAACCGUGCAUGUAUCUUGUGUGUGGACAAGGUUUCAGCCAGUCAUCUGAGCUGACAGAACAUAAGUGCAGUCACAGUAGGCAGAAACCAUGGAAAUGUGGGGACUGUGGGAAGGGAUUUAGUUAUCCAUCAGAGCUGGAAAUCCAUCGACUCAGUCACACUGGAGAGAGGCUGUUCUUCUACUCCGAGUGUGGGAAGAAAUUCAUGGAGUCAUCCCACCUGCACGCACACCAGCGUACUCACACUGGAGAGAGGCCGUUCACAUGUUGCAAGUGCGGGAAGGGAUUUAUUCACUUUUCCGACCUGGUGAGACACCAGAGGAUCCACACUGACGAGAGACCUUUUCAAGUGUUCUGA